CGCCAGCCGCGCUCGGCCUGGAACCGGGGCCGGAGCUGGCACGCGGGGCUGGAGCCCACGUCGACCCGACCCGAACCAGUUUCCCGAGCACCCGGCUUAUCGAAGCCCGGGACUCGGUCGGGGCUGGGGUCGGAUGCGCCUCGGAGCGCACUGCUGCGCUGGAAGCCCAGGACGCAGGACUUAACGGGACCCGACUCCUCUAAAGACCUGUGCUCCGGAGACAGAGCCACUGGGGGGCUUCGGGCUCCGGGAGGAGCUCGGCGUCCUCCCCAGCACCAUCCCGGACGCUGUUUGCUCCCUGGUGGCGCGGGAGGGUCCCGCGCCGCGCGCUCGCCUUUCCUCUCCGGCUGUGGUGCGGACAGCAGAGGUCUCCUCUUAGGGGACUGGACUUCCUCCGCUCCGGGGAGCCCUCGCAGCCCACGGCGUGUUGGUCUCAAGGGCUUCUCGAGUUGGCACUGGUCUGUAGGUGUUCUUUACUGAUUAGAUUGUUUCCUCGGUUUGGGGACAGUUGCCGCCACUCGACUCGACGCAUCUUCCCCUGUCCUUUGUGGGCGCGCCGGAUCGUGGAAUACUGACCCUCGACUCUGUCUCCGCUGGCUGCGCGUCCUCCUAGCCACUGGACUCGAGGGGAGCGUGCAGACGCGACCCCCUCUUGUCCCUGAUUCGAGGGGGCGCAGUCGUCCCCAGGAAGCUUCUUUGUGUGUGGUGGGAUUGGGGUCCCCAGCCAUGGCCUUCACUUUCGCUGCUUUUUGCUACAUGCUGUCCCUGGUGCUGUGCGCUGCGCUCAUCUUCUUUGCUAUCUGGCACAUAAUCGCCUUUGAUGAGUUAAGGACGGAUUUUAAGAGCCCCAUAGACCAAUGCAACCCGGUUCACGCGCGGGAGCGGCUGAGGAACAUUGAGCGCAUCUGCUUCCUGCUGAGAAAGCUGGUGCUGCCGGAGUACUCCAUCCACAGCCUCUUCUGCAUCAUGUUCCUGUGCGCUCAGGAGUGGCUCACCCUGGGGCUGAACGUCCCUCUGCUGUUCUAUCACUUCUGGAGGUACUUCCACUGCCCCGCAGACAGCUCGGAACUAGCCUACGACCCUCCAGUCGUCAUGAAUGCCGACACCCUGAGCUACUGUCAGAAGGAGGCCUGGUGUAAGCUGGCCUUCUAUCUCCUCUCCUUCUUCUACUACCUGUACUGCAUGAUCUACACCUUAGUGAGCUCCUAACUCGGGCCUCACAGACAGCAAGGCUGAGGCUGAAAACUUCACUGCAGCUGUGGCUAGAGAAGGACCAGAGGGAGACAGGGGAGAAACCUGGAUGGAGAGAUUGAAUGGAAAGGACUGGAGUCACAUGACAGCCAGGGGCCUGAGCUCGCAAUGGUGUCUGUUACUGCUGUCUAUUGCCGCCUUCGUGGUUCGCAUCCCCCGUGGGCCGUAGAGCCCUCCUGAGCAUCAGGGACCGUGGCAAGUCGGUGAAGAAACACCAAAUCUCCCUGAGGUGCAGCUGCUGUUCCUUACACCCACGUCACCUAAGAGCGCCUUGCGAGUUUCGGGAAUGAGGGCACCAGCCGAAGGACAGAAUGACCCAGGAUCAUGAUCAAGUCCACAGAGACGGGCGUUUGAGAGCCUUGAGGAUGCCGCGGGCCACCUAAGACUCUUGUCACACUUCUUCAAAGCUUGGCCAGGCGCUUGCUUGGCUCAGUGCGCCGCUGUGGGGCUUGUCCUGAACUGGUCGCCAUGUCGUUUUCACGCUCUGCUCACGUCCCAGAGCCUGGGUGAUGGCUUCCUGAGCCAGGUGUGGGGCAGUGUCCUGUCAAUGAGUUAUGUGUAGUGGGAAAAAUGGAUGUUUUUUUUUCAGUGUGUCCGUUUUUCACCAUCACAAGAUGUAUUUUGCUGCUAUACCAAAUCCUGUCACAGUGUUUGAAUGCCAAUCCAUCGGCUGGCACAAGCCAAAGCCACCUUUGCAUAAAAACCCCAAAUCAGUUCUGAGCCCAGAAACCCUGUGGAGUGGCUGCUCUGUACUGCGGGCCUUGGCAGCCAGGAAGCAAGACAACAUAAUUAUCACUUCAAUAGAUGCCGCUGCAUCCUUUGUACAGUUCAGUUCAACGUGGGGACUUCAGCUUUGUUAGAAUUUUCCACUUGGCUCUCUCUCCUUUUUUGGGGGUUGGAGUUGGGGGUGGGGUGGGAAGAGGGUUGUAAAUAAUGAUAAGGCUGAGAUUUUCAUUAUAUUUAAAUUGGGCACAAUGAUUUUGACCUUAUUCCCUAAACUUCCUUGCUUUUCUGUUGUUACACAACACACACAUACCCGCUAUUUAUAAAUGCACCCAGCUCCCAUCUGAAACCCAUGACUCAGGUUUCGGAAUAGUGUUUGUGUAACACGUUGUGUGCUAUGUUUAAAAUGCAGCGACAAUUUGAGUGUCUCACC